UCGAAGGAAUCUCAACUUACCACCAAGCAAUCAACCUUGCAACGGCUAACAGUUUUCAACAGUUUCAAAAAACCAAGUUUUCAACUUCAAUUCGUGUUAUCUUUAGUUUCGCGUUUUUCCAGUUGUCAAUCAUUAAGUCAAUUUUUAAGGUGCAUAAAGCGUGGCAUACUUUUGUGCGCUCUCUGUCAACCGAAUUCCCAACUUAAUUGAAAAACUUUUUGAAGCACUUUUCCGUUGAAUUGCGGACAUUGUGGAAUGAACAAAUCCAGUUAAAUCAGUGGUAGCAUUUUGAAGAGAAUUUGUAUGCAGACUCAUUGAAUUUCGAUUUGAAAUUUAAAGAAAAAAGCGGUUAAGUGAGCGCGUUUUGCUUUUAAGCUACAGUUUCUCAUCAACACAAGGCAAAAGCGAUAAGCAGAAAUGUUUCCUUUGAAGCGACAACUGAGUCAAGGCUGUGCCUUGGCCCUCAUCUGCCUGGUGGCUCUCCAGAUGCAGCAACCCACCCAGGCGGAGAUGUCUCCAGUUCAAGGUGACCAUCCAGUGCCAUCGUCAACUGAGAAGCAAUCCUCUAAAGACUUCUUUGUAGGCACUCCCUUGAGCAAUCUAUAUGAUAAUCUGCUGCAGCGUGAAUACGCCGGACCCGUGGUCUUUCCCAAUCAUCAGGUGGAACGCAAGGCUCAACGUUCGCCCUCUCUGCGUCUCCGAUUUGGACGCAGUGAUCCGGAUAUGCUGAACAAUAUUGUGGAGAAACGUUGGUUCGGCGAUGUCAACCAGAAGCCCAUAAGGUCGCCCUCUUUGCGUCUGCGUUUCGGAAGGCGGGAUCCCAACUUGCCACAAAUGCGAAGGACAGCCUAUGAUGACUUAUUGGAGCGGGAACUCACCAUGAAUAGCCAGCAGCAGCAGCAGUUGGGUUCGGAGGGGGACUCCGAUCUGAGUGCCGACUACGAUGGUCUCUAUGAACGAGUGGUGCGAAAGCCACAACGUCUUCGCUGGGGACGCAGUGUGCCACAGUUUGAGGCAAAUAAUGCCGAUAAUGAACAGAUUGAACGUUCGCAGUGGUACAACUCGUUGCUGAACUCGGAGAAGAUGCGUCGGAUGCUCAUGGCCCUGCAGCAGUACGAGUCACCUGAAAACCUGGCCAAUUAUGCCAAUGACGAGGAAACCGAUGUGGAUGUGAAUAACGAUGCAUCCGAGUUCCAGCGAGAGGUCCGUAAACCAAUGCGCUUGCGAUGGGGACGAAGCACUGGAAAAGCUCCCUCCGAACAGAAGGUAGGAAUCAGAAUGAAGUAAUAUAUAUAUUCUUUGUUAUAGAACCAUUUUCCUUGAAAUAUAGCCCACUCCGGAGGAAACUUCGUCGGUCCCACCUAAGACACAGAACUAAAUUACUUAAAAAAAAACAGCCAUGAGAAGCAGCUAAAGGAGAAUGCAAGAAUUAUAAGAAAUCGGAAGCGAACUACACGGUCAAUAUCCAAUGCCAAAAUAAGAUACAGAAAACAUAUUAAACCCAAGUCAGACAAAGUUUUUGAAAGCAUUUUUGAGAGGCGCAGGGAGGCAUGGGCUAGAAUUACAUACCACUAAACAUAUAUCUUAUAUAUAAACACAUAUAAUUAACCAUCUAUGUGGAAUGUUUUGAGUUUGAAAAAGUAUAAAAAUCAACUUACAAAAGUAUUUUUUCAUUAACUUUAACAAUGCGCAGGUAAAACAAGGUAACUAACUAUUUCGACUAGCAGUUAAUUAAAAUGUCUAUUAAUUUUCAAUAAUUUCAGUUAAAAAACUCGAAUAGUUUAUUUGCUUUAAAGUAUGUAUUACCUAGAACCCAUUUAAAUAGUAAAGCCUCCUUAUUCCUAAUAUGCUCAAUAAAACAAAUUUCAAAUUAUUCAAUUUCCCCAAAAAAUCUUUUAGACUCAAUGUAUAUAAAAAAAAAUGAUGAAACCUUUUGAAAAUUAGCGCAAAUUUGUUAUAAUAACGCUAAAAAUCUAUAUAAAAAAUAUAUCGUUCUAUUUAUGAGAAAACUUCUUGAUUUCUAAACUUGUAAGCGAAUUUCGAUUUAAUGUUACGACGAUGAUGGAAGUGUUUGAAAAACAUAGAGGCCCCCGGAAGCUGUAUUACUGUAACACUUGUUAUAUUAUGUGUGCUACAAAUUAUAAAUAUAUGUAUAACAACUAUUAUAUUAUACGACUAUAUAUAUAAAUAUAUAUAUAUACGAUGAACAUUGUCUAUUGAAAUUUUAUUGAUGUAUUUUAAUAAAAAGGCGAAAUCAAUUACAAAGCAAAACAAGCAUAAAGCUGAAUGUUGUUAGAACACUUUUGUAUAUUUAAUUUACACCAUCAUUGAAAUUAUUGUUUACCAAACAGAAGUACGAUUACGAGAAACCAUAUCCCGCUGAAUGCAUUUUUCCGGUAAAAAUUGCGAAAACCGUUUCCCGCGCGAUAUAUAUAUCAGUAUAUACGCAUAUAUAUACCUUUUAAUGAAUGUACUAUCAUGAAUGUAAAUAAAAGAGCA